AAAUGUUUGUUGUCAACAAACAGCUUCCGUCAACGUCAACGUUAGUUGUCUGCAAGUUGUCAUUUUUCGAAGGGCUAUGGAAAUAAAUGGGAGUUUGUUGUAAUAACGUAAAUUAAAUUCCUUCUUUUCGAUAGUCAUAAAAUGGUGUCAGGUUAUUUUAGUCAAUAUUUUCUGGAAAAUUUGUAUAGAAAAUAAUGUAAAAAUGUUCUAUUGUGUUCCACCUGGAUAGAAGUUAAAAUAUUUUGAUGAUGAAUGGAACUGAUUUAAAGGAAGAAGGGUCUUUAAUUGACCGUAGACCCCAUAUAACAUGUGCUGGAGAAAUCGAAGUUUUCUCCACAAUUGAGGACAAUCUCACUGAAGCCCUUCCUCAAGACACUUAUGAGUGGAGAAGAACAUUCGGCAGACCCAUACGGUCUGUUCAUAUUGGAGCAGUUUUUGUACCAUAUAGCCCUGCUGCACUACCAAAGCCCAACAGCUGGGACCUGAUUAGGCAGCCACUCUUUCAUAUUUAUUGGACUGAUUGUUCUGACUUAGAAGUAUACAAAACUACAGUGAAAGAAGACAUUGAAAGUUGGCAGAGAGACCUAGCUGCUAAAGAAAUUGUCGAUUGGUUAAUAGUAGUCGUUGAAAACUUUGAUGGGAAACGUACAAAUAAAUUAUUGCCAAGAACAACAGUUUUGGACAAGAUUCGGGCUGACUUCGCACCAAAACAAGGUGACCGAUGUAUAUCUGUGAUAAAUCCCGGAAAAAUCGAAUCUCGCUCUGCCGAUUCGUGGAGAGGUUUGGUGAACCGCAUUCGACAUCUCCUGCUAACAUCUUAUGCAAAAGCAGUCUACAGACUAGAAGAGUACGUCCGACAACAAAGAGAAAAAAGGAACGAACAGGGAUGGAAUUUUAUGCAAUAUUUCUCACUUCAAGAGGAACUGGCCCAAGUUUUAGAAAUGCUAGGUUUGUACGACGAAGCUCUAGUUCAGUACGACGAAUUGGAUGCUCUCUUCUCUCAAUUUGUAGUCAACGGCAUCACGAGCGACAGCGUCAGUUGGCUGGGGAGUUUCCAGAAACCUUUAGAGAGGUGGCACGGCUUGAAGCUCGGUUGCUCCAAGUUACCAAAAGACCCAUCCAUUUUAGAAUUAAGAGCUUACCUUUUUGCUAAACAGGCUCAUAUGUUACUGCUCACAAAUAAAGUUUGGGAGAUGGCCUCCCGGUGCUUGCCUUUUCUUCAUACGUGUUCCCGAGAGCUGUUAGUUUUAGAAAUAACCGCUCCACCUGGUGCUAUAGCUUGCUGGUUGUUCUUAGCAGCAAUGGAAGUGCUAAAUACUUGUGAUAAAUUUAAUCAUGCCGACGAAGUUCAAGAAUAUUCCCUACAUACAGCCGGUGUCUGGGAGUAUGCCAGUCAAAAGAUUCGGAGCUUAGGUGACCUCUGCGGUUUGAUGCCUGGCGGUUCGCCUACUUCCGAACAAUUACACGUCGUUGUCGGACUCUCUGCUGGAAUGGGAGAUAAUCCCGGUACUUCAGAUUAUCCCUCACCAACAGAUAAACUGAAAAUAUCGUUGUGUUCACAAGAAGCGUUCAACAAGACUUAUUUAGAGCUAGCCGAACUGGCCAUGGGCACCUACAAACACAUCGGCCGAUUGCGUUCGGCCCGCCUGGUCGGUCGCGAGUUGUCUUCCUUCUACAUGCUGCUCGGAGAAACCCAGAAGGCAGCAGCAUUUCUGUCUGAUCUUCUCAGAACCUUCGAGCAGGAUGGUUGGCACGAAUUGGCCGCCCAGACUCAAGUAGAACUAGCCGAGUGUUACCUCAAAGCCGACGAUACAAAAAAAUACGUCUGCUCCAGUGCCGCCGUUAGCGCUGCUUUAGAAAUCGAUACUUUGAUACGGUGGACGUACUUUGACGAUAUGUGCAAGUGUAUUAAUCUGUUGAAGGAACCUUUAAUUGUGCCUUUUAGUGAUAUUUUUAAGGUUAUGAGCGUCUGUAUAAAAAACGAAGACGACAUAAUGCAAGAUAGUGAUAUUAAAGUUGAAUUACUCAUAGAGUCAAAUUUUCCGAAAGAAAUCCUCUGUACAAAGUUAGCAAUCUCUCUAGAAGCUGUAGUAGAACCGUCGAAAGACAAGAAAACUAGCGAAAAGAUAUGUUCAAGUAGAUUAUUAACUAAUAAGGAUAUGAUAACGCCCGACACGAUGUUGCAACGACUUAAGAUGAAGAGGAAUUUGGAGUAUAAGCAGGACAAACAACUAGCAGCUGCAGGGGUGGCUUCUAAGUUUACGGAACUGCAGAGGAAAAACAGCACGCCGCAACAGCUGAAAGAAGAGAUUGAUGAUUGUAUAGAAGUUACUAAUUUGCCUUUGGUGAUAACUCCAGGACUAAACUUGAUAAGACUGAAAAAACAAGCGACUCAAAUUGGGAAGUUCUACUUCGGGCAAAUAGCUAUUCAUAUAAAAAACUUACACAUUCUGUCUCCUACGUUAUCGCCCAGACUGGUGUUCGACGUGAAACAGGAACAUCCUACACUCAAAUUAUACAAAAAGGCAGCACCUUUACUUACCGGCAUAGAACAAAGUAUGAAUUUGAUUACGACUAUGGGAAGUUAUUCUAUUGAUGCUAGCUCAAAAAUAAAACUGAUUGCAUCACCAGGAUUAUCACUGCAGACUGAACCUGACGAGCCUUUGCAAAGUAUGUUAGAAAUCGAAGUUGGUCAAAAUGUUCCAUUUAGUAGUAGUAGACGUUCAUUAAGAGUGUUAGCAGAUCCAUUAUUAAAAGAUAAUCAGGUUACCAUCCACGUGCCAUGGACGACGAAGCCCAUAGUAGUAGUGCUCAGUUUCACUCCUCCGCUAACGUCCUCUUGGAAGCUGUUCACCGUUCUAACCAAAAAAUUCGUCCAGGUAACGGUGACAGGCCAGUGCGACAAUCUAGUAGCUCGGGGAGUCAACUUGAACGUCGGGGGAGUUUGCGAAUUGGUCGAAAGAAACUGUCUAUCUAGUCAAAUUAUCUCAAACGGGUCGAAUAAUUCUUAUAUAUGGGAGAUGUUUUUAACGUCGGAGAUGGACGCUCUAAUCAAAGCCGAAUUUUCACUUAUCUACAAUUUUGACAAGCAAACGGGGAGCAACAAGCUGUUUCAAUAUUUUUUUGAAAUCGCCGACUAUCAGACGUUAUAUAUUCUGGAUACUUCAGUGGAGCCCGCCAAGGGAAGCGAGUUUUGCAAAGUGGGCAUCGUGUGCCACCUUCACCUUACCAUCGAGAACACUUUAUGUCCGACACAAGCAGAGUCCGUCAAGUCCAUAAUGUACGAAGUAUUGGCCGAGCAGAGCGUGUGGGCCGUUUGCGGUCGAACUGCCGGGGUAGUAUCAUUUGAAUUGCAAGAGAAAUCCCAAACCGUCGUUUUGGAGGUUAUGCCGUUGACAAGUGGGCAUCUGCCGCUUCCGUUGGUGAGGAUUUCGAAGUAUAUUCCGGCUGAGAUUGGAUCUACAGAUAAAUCUAAAAAAGGUGAUACCCAUCCACGGCUGGAACCCUUUAGUCCCGGUCAGGUUUACAACAAGAGCAAAGGAACCCAAGUGCACGUUAUAGCCAAUACGAACGAAUCUGCACAGUGAACAUUCCAAGCUCUCCGUCUGCCACACAAACAAAUUCAAUUAUAGGCGUAUUUUUUUUCUACUGGAACAAAGCAUGAGAACUUAAAAAUUUAGGAAAGCUCAUUGGUUUCUUUGUUGGGUAGGUGCAUAUAUAAGUAUACAUGUUUAAGACGGGUUGUUUUUUACUCCCCUUUAUUUUUUAUUUUUAUUACGACUGAUUUUGUGCCAAUCUUAGUUACGCAGAGCAUAUUUUUCUCAUUUAUUUUUGUAUAUUCUUCAUCACGUAUUGCAAUAAGUUUAAAAACAAGUAUGAGUGUUAAUUCAACUGUCUAUUAUUUAAAAAAUUAACUCAAUUCAACUGUAUGUUAAGCUAAUCAAAGUAAGAUAAUGUACUAUUUUUGUUUUCUUCAUUGCUUUUUAAACACAGACUCAUUUUUGCUCAACACUCUUCAUAAGAAGAAUUUUUAUCCCUUCCGACAAGUAAUUUUUUCGAGCUACUCAAAAUAGUGUAAAGUUUUGUCUGUGACAGUAUUAUCCAUUGCAAAACAGCGGUACUUCGAGCCUUUUUUUAUGUUUGGGAAAAGGAAAUAAUCAAAUCUCGUGUUUUUGGUAGAUCAAUUUGUAUCAAUCUAUGCGUUUUUUUUAAUCGUCGUCGAAAUGAAACUGGAUAGUACACUCUAGUAAUUGCCAUUUUUUAAGUGAUCAAUACGACUAAUAACUUUUGCAUUCUAAAAACAGUCGCCGUCUAAAGCAGUCUAGAAAAGAUAGACGCCACUGAAAUGAUAUAUGUUGGAGACGAAUGCUACUAAUUCCUUGGACCGACUGUAGAACAAAUAAUUCAAUUUUAAGAGAGCUAAAAGUUGGCCAACGACUCUCCAGUAAAGUCCAUCUCCAACAAUUAAAAUACUUUGGACAUGUUAUGAGAGGAAACACAGAAAACAUGGAAAGACUCAUUAUAUAAGGAAAGGUGGAAGGCCGAAGAUUAUAAGGUAGAUCCCCAACAAGAUGAAUCGAUCAAAUUACAGGAAUAUGCAAAAGACAUAUGCAUGAGUUAAAAGAAAUGACCAGAGACAGAGAUCUUUGGAGACGAACAAUACACGACAUCACGUCGACCACUACACUCCCUCCGGCGGUCAGGAUUGAAGAAAGAGAGUCUAUAGCAGUAAGGCCAUGUCUGUAGCAUCAUCGCUUGUAAAUAUUCUCUGAAUCAUGUUAAAAUGUUGAAACUGCCUGUAGAAUUUUAUAGGGGCUCAUAUAGUUGUUAUUCUAGAUAUUUUCCAACAAUUCUGUAACAAUAGUGCUGCUUGUAAAAACUUGUACGUGUUCCAGAUUAUGUUGUACCACUAUUAGUGCUUCUUGAUCAUUCGGUGUCCCAUUUUUCUACAGUAGAAGUAAACGUGAAAUGUCUCCGUAUACAUUUCUAAUGGCCCCAAAUGAAUUUCAACCUAUAUUAAACGUUCUUUUAAGAACAUUAUGAUAUCCAAUGGACACUUAGAUUGACUACGUGACGUCAAUGAGCCGAUAGGAGCGUGGUGGUCAUUUUGGAAGUGGGCGUGACUUACAACCAUUGACAUAUUAAGCCUAGACUCGGCAUACUCCCCAAAAAAGCGUAACGCGGAAACAGCAUGGAAACAGUCGAUAGGUGGUCUAUCUAUCUCUUUUAACCAAACGAUCCCGCGCAUGUGACUGACAAAGAUGGCUAGACCACUUAAUCCUAUGUCGGCGUUACACCUCGAUGCAUUGAGUGGCAUAUCCCUAGCCAAGGCUAUUUUCUUUACAUGUCUCUGCUUACAACUCACUUGCAUACGUGCUACACCUGUCGGCAAUCGUCAAAGGCCACUGACAAAAGAUCAAAAGAUGUCGCUUUUUCCCUUGGUCGCCAAAAUUUUCCCAUGUCCAACCGCUUCAAACUCUACUACAGAUACAGGAAUAAGGCGGAUUACCAGAUGGAGAGAAAAAUACAAUUUAGCAGACAAUGAAAACUAUUGGAUAGUUGACGAUAGAUAAAAGACGAUUGGUUAGACAAAGAAUAGACGAUUUGACAGACCAAAAAAAGAGACCACAAGAGUCACACGUGCCCACUUUUCACACCUGGCGGCAAUAAUCAAGAGGCCCCGGUUGGCAAAAUUUCUCUAUGCUCAACCGUCCCAAACUCUACUAGAGUAAGUUGGGGCGUAACUAACUGUAGAUGUUGUCUUCUUCUUUAUGUACCAUCUGCGCGAUGGAGUUUGGCAAUCAUCACUGCUAUUAUAACUUUCGACACUACAGCCCGAAAGAGUUCAGCUGCAUCCAAUGAGGUUUCUCAGCCAGGACAUUAUUCUUCUACCUGUAUGCUGCGCCUUCCUUGAACUUUUCCAUGCAUUAUUAAUUUUAGGAAUUCAUAUCUGCCACCACGUGCUAUAUGAUCCAUAUAUUUUAGUUUUUUUAUUUUGAUGGAAUCCAGUAUCUCCCUGCUGUUCUCUUUUAUUCUUAGUACUUCUUCAUUGGUUAUUCUGUCUGUCCAGGAUAUUUUCAGCAUUCUUCGUGUCCACAUUUCCACACAAGUCCACAUUUCAAAUGCUUCAAAUAUGUUGAGACAUUGUUUAUUAAGAGUCUAUGUCUCCACACCGUACAAAAGAACAGAAAAUACAUAACACUUUAGUACUCGUUUUCUAAGAUUUAGGCUGAAGUCUCUAUACUCUGGGCUAAUUAGCAAAAUACAAGGAAAAGUUAUUUACCAGCAAUUUUAUUGCUGGAAUCGAAUCUUAUGAUUGUAUAAUAUAUUAAUAAUAUUGGUAUGCAAAGUCCGCAGAUAGUGUGCUACUUUUUCAAAAAUCGUGUUUUUUUCAAUUUUUGCGAACAAAAAUGUGCGAAAAUCGUGUUUUUUUCAAUUUUUGCUCUAUAACUCCAGAGAUUUUAACUUUACACCAAAAACACCCAAAUAAAAAUUCACCGUAAUUAAAUUCUGCAUAGAGACGUGUUUUUCCCGAUUUACUUUGAUGGAAAUUUUCCCCGGAAAAUGCGGGUUUUUCCAACAAAAUCUUUAAUUUUCAACUAAAGUUUUAGAUAAGUAAUUGUUUAUCAAAAAUUAAAUUACUUGGUAAUAUAAAAGCUCUUUUCGUAUAGAUUAUAAUUCAAGAAGCCGAUGGAAAUUGAAUGAACAGUUUAGCAACAAUUGAAUUGGUAAUUAAAAAUUUACGGUCGCUGUAAUAACCACAAUAAUUAUGAUACAUAAGAAUAACUAUGAUUUUUGUAUAAAAAGACACUGUAUCUAUCUAAUGUACUUUACAGAAUUGAAAUUGGACUUUUAAGCGGCCUCAGGAAUAUUUUAAAAUUAUAAACAAUUUUUUAUCUUAUAAACAAAUAGAAUGUCUCGGGAAAAAUUAUCAAUUAAAUCAUGAAAACGGUAUUAGAAAAAAAGCGGCAGGACGCUUCUUCUAAAAGAAAAAACGUUUAAUUGUAAUGAGUAGUUCCUGAGAUACAACCGGUCAAAGUUGACCGGCAUUUACGGCAAAGAUAUAAACAAUAGGAUCAUAAUUUCCGAACCGUCACCUUUUUAUUUCGGUCCUCUUUUUCCACACCAAUUUUCAUAUCUUUAAAGUACUCAUAACAUAUAUUAUUAUAAUAGAAACUAUCGAUAUUACGAGUGAAAAUUGCCAAAAAUAGCAAAAUUCCAAACAAAAAUUAGGUUGGAGAAAAUGUAAUCUCAUUAAAAAUCGGUAUACGUUAAAAAAAUGCAUUUUCUCGGCUUCCCAUGGAGCAAUUUUCUUCAUUCUUUUUUUUUGUUCCUAAGUUACUCGAGUAGAGCCAUCUAACUAAUGCAUUGUUAAAUGUCAAACUUGCUUUUGUUUUGUUAUAAAAAAUUUAUUUAUUUAUUAUAACAAAAAUUUUUAUUUUGUUUAAUUAAAGAUUGUUUAAAUAAUUAUACAGCUUUUAAAUGAGAAUAUUUGUAUUUUUAACGUUAAAACACUUGUAGUAAGUUUAUCUAAAAAAAGUCUACAAGUGGAAAAAUAUGUAGUUUUCUUUUCUUAUAAAUAAAUUAAUCUAUUAUAAAAAAAAAACAAGUUUGACAUUUAAUAAUGCGUUAGUUAGAUGGCUCUACUCGAGUUACUUGGGAACAAAAAAAGAAUGAAGAAAAUUGCUCCAUGGGAAGCCAAGAAAACGCAUCUUUUUAACUUAUGCCGAUUUUGAACUUUGAGAUUACAUUUUCUCCAAUCUAAUUUUUGUUUGGAAUUUUGCUAUUUUUGGCAAUUUUCACUCGUAAUAUCGAUAGUUUUUAUUAUACUAAUAUAUGUUAUGAGUACUUUAAAGACAGGAAAAUUGGGGUGGAAAAAGAGGACCAAAAUAAAAAGGUGAUCGUUCUAAAAUUAUGAUCCUAUUGUUUAUAUCUUUGCCGUAAAUGCCGGUCAACUUUGACCGGUUGUAUCUCAGGAACCACUCAUUACAAUUAAACGUUUUUUCUUUUAGAAGAGGCGUCCUGCCGCUUUUUUUCCAAUACCGUUUUCAUGAUUUAAUUUAAUUUAAUAUUUCUCGAGAUUAUUCUAUUUGCUUAUAAGCCAAAAAAUUGUUUUAAAAUUUUUUAAAAUAUUCCUGAGGCCGCACAAUUCUGUAAAGUACAUUAGAUAGGUACAGUUUCUUUGUGUACAAAAAUCAUAGUUAUUCGUAUGUAUCGUAAUUAUUGUGGUUAUUAUAGCGACCGUAAAUUAACAAUUCAAUUGUUGCUAAACUGUUCAUUCAAUUUCCAUCGGCUUCUUGAAUUAUAAUCUAUACGAAAAGAGCUUUUAUAUUACCAAGUUAUUUAAUUAUUCAUAAACAAUUACUUAUCUAAAAUUUUAGUUGAAAAUUAAAGAUUUUAUCUUUCCCGAUUAAAUCGGGAAAAAACACGUCUCUAUGCAGAAUUUAAUUAUGGUGAAUUUUUAUUUGGGUGUUUUGGUGUAAAGUUAAAAUCUUUGGAGUUAUAGAGCAAAAAUUGAAAAAAAAACACGAUUUUUGGGCGCCAUUUUGUUUCUAAAAAAAGUAGCACACUAUCUGCGGACUUUGCAUGCCUCUAUUAUUAAUAUAUACAAUCAUAAGAUUCGAUUCCAGCAAUAAAAUUGCUGGUAAAUAACUUUUCCCAAAAAUGGCCUAUUCUCCGAUAAUUAAUCUGCCCAGACUACUAUUACAUAAUAUUUGUUUAAUAUUAUUGAAUGCACUUCUAGCCUUUUCUAUUCUAACUCUGAUUUCUUUGGUAUAAUCGUUUGUUUCAUUAAUGUUUGUCCCUAAAUAGUUAUAAUGGUAGAUAUUGUAAGGGGUAUCUAAAAGCGUGAAAACAUACCCAAGCUGUGACAUAAACAAUACCUACAGUAGUAGCAACUGUGAAAAUUAAAUUUUAAAAAAAUCUAAAAGCCUAAGUCAAGACAGAAAAUGACAUGGUACGCUGUGGACCAAAGACAGCAGAAGUUAAGUAGACACACAGUUGAUAAAAACAAUAUUUACACAAGUAUAAUAUGGUAAAGGAAAACAUAAACGCAAAAACACGGUUUGUAGCGAAUCAAAACAGAGAUAGACGUCAUCGGAAAGAAAAAACAGUAGAUAAUUAACAAAAUACUGAGUGUAAUGGUAAUGGAAAUUAUACCGCUGUACUGAACAAUUAAAUUUCGUGUAAAAUUGCUAAAAUUUUCGUGUAGAAUCCUUUAUAGCGCUCUCAUAAAUUGAUCUUGAACGUCACUGUAAACUUUAGGUAUAAUAUAUUUCUGUUGUAUAUUCUUGACAAUUUAAUAAUAUAUUUCUUACAAACUGUUUAAAUAUAUAACACUCAUACGUUCUUCACAAUGAUUCCUUUGGUUAAGGUUAAAAUUUAGGUGAUAGGAUUUGUAUUAUUUAUAUGUACCUAAAUUGUAUAUUAUUGAUGUAAAUAUAUCUUAUUAUUUAAACUAUUGGUUACAAAUAAAUGUAUAUUUAUUGUUUGUUA